AUGAACGCUCAAACCAACGCCGGCGGCGCCGACUUCCAACCCGACUUCAUAGCGCCGUGGGUUUUGACCGACAUGUUUGUCUACUACCUUGAGUUAAACAUUGGCACUCCGGGCCGCCGGCUCUUACUGGUCCUCGACACAGGCUCCGGCAUUACUUGGAUUCAGUGCAAGCCAUGCAUCGAAUGCUUUCCUCAAAAAGACGGCGUUUUCGAUCCCAACUUAUCAUCUUCUUACCGAAAAAUCAACUGCAAUCACCCUCUCUGCAGCUCAUGCGUUGAUGGCGAAUGCCACUACACCAGCCAUUAUCUCAGCGGGCAAUUGACGGGAGGCGUUUACUCCACUGAAACUUUUAAUUUCCAAGACAUUAAAGGUAGCGACAUUAAAUACCAUAACGUACUUAUGGGUUGCUCCCAUAAGAACAGGAAGUUCUCGUUCGGAGAAAACAACGUCGCCGGAAUUGUCGGCAUGGAUAUGACGCCGUACUCUUUGGUACGUCAACUCGGAAUCUUCGUCCAGAACCGCUUCUCUUAUUGCUUCCCCACCGUCUCGCCGGAAGGGAGAUAUCUCCCUACCCUUCUGAAAUUCGGCCUGGACGUCGGCUACCGAGGAGGUGAUGUAAAAACAACUCCGAUUAUAACCCACAAAAACACGGGUCGUUACGGUUUGAACUUGUUGGAUAUCUCGAUCGCCGACAAGCGGAUGAACUUCCCGCCGGGAACUUUCAGUCUUACCAGAAGCGGAACCGGUGGUUUCGUCAUCGACAGCGGCUCUACUAUGACCUACAUUGACAGUAAAGUUUACUGGAAGAUCCACGCAGAGUUCGUUGCUUACUUUGAAGUUCUGGGUCUUGAACGGUUCCGGAGAAAGGAUUGUAUAGAAAAGCUUACUCUGUGUUACGACAUGCCCGACAUUGAUUUCAACAAGUUUCCAUUGAUGACUUAUCAUUUUGAAGGAGGUGAUUUAGUAGUGGCGGCUGAGAAUUCGUUCUUCAUUGACUGGGAAGAGAAGAUGUUCGCUUUAACAAUACUCCCUAUCAAACAGUUCAAUAUUCUUGGUGCUUGGCAACAGCGUAAUACCCGAUUCGUUUACGAUUUGAAUUCUAAGCUUCUCUGGUUCGUCCCUGAAAGGUGUGGAAUCAGAGAAUGA